AUCAGUCUUCCGUCGACCGUGAGAAGGUGUACAUCGAGUCGAGGUUAUUUUUGUGCAGUCGUUCAGAUAGCGAGAGAUACGCCAAUAGAAAACUGACAAUGUUGUGUUCUUGUUGCGUGGCGAUGAUCGCCAUCCUCUACAUUCUAUUUGACGUAAAUUACUUUAUGAGAAUUAUUCUCACCAUUCUUUGGGGUAGACUUUUCGAGAAGAAGAAGAAACUCUUCGAUACGAUAACAAUUUAUGGAAUUUGCACCACUCAGGAUGUUGACUUGGUUUUGAAGCACAUGAAUAAUGCGCGAUAUUUACGCGAGUUGGAUUUUGCGCGUUUUUAUUUCUAUGACAGAUCAGGAAUUUACGGCGCUAUCUCAAAAAGAGGCGGCGGAGCUGUUCAAGGUGCAUCCACUAUACGAUAUCGCCGUGCGAUUCCUAUCUUUACACCGUACAAGGUCACGACAAAGCUCAUUUAUUGGGAAGAUAAACACUUUUAUAUAGAAAACCAGUUUAUCAGUCUUACGGACAAUUUUAUUCGCGCCGUUGUAUUAAGCAGACAAACUGUAACUGGAUUGAAGGUUCCGGUAGAGGAAAUAAUUGCCGAGAUCGAGCCGGAAAUACGCAGGCCAGAGCCUACCAAAGAACUUCAAUUAUGGCUGGAGUCUAUGGAAGAAUCAUCUCAAAGUCUGAAGAAACAGAAAUGAGAAAAUGUUUUUUUUAAAUUUGUGUUCAACAAGUUAUAUUUAUUUAAUUUUU